AUGUAUAAUGAUGUUUAUGAAACCAGUACAGUCCGACUGCCAGAAGGAGUAGCAUCAUUUAUUCAUAUUACUCGAAAUGAAUUUUUUAGGAGAAAACGUAAGAAACUAAAAGAAGAUGAUAUUGCUAUUUGUGAAUGCAAGUAUGAUGCCAGUGAUCCUGAAAGUGCGUGUGGAGAAAGAUGCUUGAAUUCACUGACCAACAUUGAAUGUACACCGGGUUACUGUAAGUGUGGGGAGACUUGCAGAAAUCAGAUAUUCCAGAAAUGUGAAUAUGCAAAAACAAAGUUGUUCAGGACAGAAGGGUGUGGUUGGGGUCUUUUAGCUGGUGAGAAUAUAAAGGCUGGACAGUUCAUCAUUGAAUACUGUGGAGAAGUGAUAUUAUCUGAAGAAGCAAAGAAAAGGUCCCACAUUUAUGAAGCUCAUGAUCUCAAGGAUACAUACAUAAUUUCUCUGAAUUCUAAUUAUUUCAUUGAUGCCACCCGGAAGGGAAAUCUUGCAAGAUUCAUAAAUCAUUCAUGCCGACCAAAUUGUGAAACAAGGAAAUGGACAGUGUUAGGGGAAUCAAGGGUAGGAAUAUUUGCAGAGCAAGAUAUAUCUGUUGGAAUGGAACUGACAAUUAACUAUUAUUUUGAGUGGUACGGUGGUGCAACUGUUCGUUGUCUGUGUGGAGCUGCAAACUGUUCUAAAUUUCUGGGUGCCAAGUCUAAAGGAUUCCAGGAGUACAACCACGUUUGGAAUGAUGCGAAUGGCAGGUACAAUGCUUGCAUAAAAGCGCUGAUUCAUUUUCAGUGA